AUGAGUUGCAGACAGAUCUCCACAUCUUUCUGGAGCAGCAGUAGUAGCUGUGGAGGAGGAGGCGGCAGAGGGGGCAGCGGAGGCAGCAUGCGGUCUUCUUUCAGUCGCUCCUCCAGGGCUGGUGCAGGAGGAGGUCGCUUUAGCUCUUCCAGUGGCUUUGGUGGGGGUGGCUUUUCGGCCUGUGGCAGUGGAGGUGGUGGCAGUUUUGGCUCUAGCUAUGGUGGAGGGUAUGGAGGGGGUUUUAGUACAGGGAGUUACGGUGGUAUGUUUGGCGGUGGCUCUGGAGGUGGCUUUGGUGGUGGCUCUGGAGGUGGCUUUGGUGGUGGCUCUGGGGGUGGCUUUGGUGGUGGCUCUGGAGGUGGCUUUGGUGGUGGCUCUGGGGGUGGCUUUGGAGGCGGCGGUGAAGGCAGUAUUCUGAACACCAAUGAGAAAGUCGUCAUGCAGAACCUCAAUUCCCGCCUGGCCUCUUACAUGGAUAAAGUACAGGAACUGGAGGAGAGCAACACCACCCUGGAGAAGCAGAUCCAGGAAUGGUAUUCAAAGAAGGGGCACAGAAUCUUCCAGAAGGACUACUCUCAUUACUAUAACACUAUCGAAGACCUGAAGGACAGAAUUGUGGAUCUCACAGUGAGGAACAACAAAAUACUCGUGGACACGGACAAUACUCGCAUGACUCUGGAUGACUUCAGGGUUAAGCUUGAGAUGGAGCAGAGUCUGCGCCAUGGGGUGGAAGGCGAUAUUAAUGGCCUGCAGAAGGUGUUGGAUAGUCUGAAUAUGGAGAAAUCUGAUCUGGAGAUACUGCUUGAUAAUUUGGAGGAUGAGAUAAAGGCCCUUAAGAAGAACCACAGGGAGGAGAUGAGCCAGCUGACAGGCCAGAAUGAUGGAGAUGUUAAUGUGGAGAUAAAUGUUGCUCCUAGCACAGAUCUCACCCAGGUCCUCAAUGAAAUGCGUGAGGAAUACGAACAGCUCAUUUCCAAGAACCGCCAGGACAUUGAACAACACUAUGAGUCCAAGAUGACCCAGAUUGAGCAGCAAGUGACAAAUAGUGGCCAAGAGAUGGAGAGCAACAUGAAGCAAGUGUCUCAGCUCCAGCACACUAUCCAGGAGCUGAAUGUCGAGCUGCAGACUCAGCUUACCACGAAAUCAGCCCUGGAGAAGGCUUUGGAAGACACGAAGAACCGGUACUGUGGUCAGCUGCAGCAGAUCCAGGAACAGAUCAGUGAAGUGGAGGCCCAGCUUGCUGAGGUCCGGGCAGAAACUGAAUGCCAGAACCAGGAAUAUGGCAUUCUGCUUAGCAUCAAGACACGUCUGGAGAAAGAAAUUGAGACUUACCGAAGUCUCCUUGAAGGCGGCCAGCAAGACUUUGAAUCUUCUGGAGCUGGACAAAUUGGCUUUGGAAGUGGCAAAGGAAGACAAAGAGGAAGUGGUGGCAGUUAUGGAGGAGGAAGUGGUGGCAACUAUGGAGGAGGGAGUGGGGGUAGCUAUGGAGGAGGAAGUGGAGGCAGCUAUGGAGGAGGAAGUGGAGACAGCUAUGGAGGAGGAAGUGGGGGCAGCUAUGGAGGAGGAAGCAGUGGCAGCCAUGGUGGAAAAAGCGGAGGCAGCCAUGGAGGAGGAAGUAGGGGCAGCCAUGGAGGAGGAAGUGGGGGCAGCUAUGGAGGAGAAAGUGGGGGCAGCUAUGGAGGAGGAAGUGGGGGCAGCCACAGUGGAAAAGGUGGAGGUAGUUAUGGAGGAGGAAGCAGCUCUGGGGGAGGAAGUGGAGGCAGCUAUGGAGGAGGAAGUGGGGGCAGCCAUGGUGGAAAAAGUGGGGGUAGCCAUGGAGGAGGAAGUGGAGGCAGCUAUGGUGGAGGAAGUGGUUCUGGAGGAGGAAGUGGGGGCAGCCAUGGUGGCAAAAGUGGGGGUAGCCAUGGAGGAGGAAGUGGAGGCAGCUAUGGUGGAGGAAGCAGUUCUGGGGGAGGAAGUGGAGGCAGCUAUGGAGGAGGAAGUGGUGGAGGAAAUAGAAGGCCAUCUCAGUCCCAGUCCUCCUCAAAAUCUGCCGACUGCGAUGAUGACUCGCAAGACCACAAGAUUCGAUACUAGACCCCUGAUUCACUUUCUCCACCCGACCCCAGUGGAGACUGCCCCAGGAGAGCAGAACCUACAUGAAGCAUU